AGUGUGUCUGCUAUUCUUGAUAUUGAUGAUACUGCGCAAUUUGGUGAUGCACAUAAGGUUCCGUCAUCCUGUCUAUUCAGCCUGCUGCUUAGCCUGGAGACUCCAUCACCUGAUCCUCUUAACAUAGGAGAACUGGUCAAAGAAGAGAAGCCCCUGCAGGCUAUUGACUUUUGUUAUCAUGAUGAGAGUGAAAUGGUCACUGUGCUUGACUGUAUCUCUCUCUGUGUAAUGGUGGUUGCAUAUGCAGCUGACUCUCUUAGAGCACAACAGAUGCUGACAAUUCUAGAAGCGGUACUUCCUUGCUAUCUCCAGCAGAUUCGUCUACCAAGUUACCGCAGACUACAGGAAGGAAAAACUGAAAGAGAAAUAAUAAGUCAGCUGGCGAUUGCUAUAAAAACUCUUGUAAAUAACUGUGAGGGAUUAGCAAAGAACUACAAUGGACCAAACCCAUCAAGUCCAGAACACAAAGGAUCUAGCCAGAAAAACUACAGUCGUGCUCCAUACUCUCCUGGCUUUGACUUUGAGGAGGAUUCCCACUCAAAAUAUUUGAGUGAUCGAAGCAGAACUAAAAUGUAUCAUGAGAGAGACAUGGAAGAUUCUGAGGUAUUACGCAAUGAUUUCCGGCGACCACGAGACGUGCUACUUUCCCUUGUAGCAGACUUUGUGACAACAUGCACAGCUCGGCUGGUAGAGCUCAACAAGAAGUAUCCCCAGGAUGGCAAGGUUGUGGAGCUCCUGGAUCUGCGUUCUCACAGUAGACUGGCGGAUGUGGCUCACACUCUACUGAAAGUAUCUCCAUAUGAUCCAGACACAAUGUCAGGCAAGGGUUUGCAGCGUUACAUCACACAGCUACUACCCUCCACUGAGUGGUCUAAUGAGGCUCUCAGGCCUGCGUUGAUUCUCAUCCUCAGACGGAUCGACAAAACAUUUAACAAGAUCUACAAAAAACCUGGAAUCAGAAGACACACAGAUUGGGAAGCAGCUGGAGGAUUGCUGAGAGGAGUCUACGAGACACUAUCCCGGCAUCCCUACAUUGUUCACAUGCAGAACCUAAAACAACUGGUGUCUACUUGCCAGUCUCUAAUACUUGGAGAGAACAGUUCCCCAGUGGGUGAGAGCCAGUCAUCAGCCACAAACGCUCUGAUGAGUCAGGUCCCACCCCCUCACUUCUGCUCCAUGGUCGUGCGUCUAAUAGCCCUUCAGAUACUUGCUGUUGGGGAGUCAUACACAUUGGAACAAGUUUGUGGAGGAGUUUCUGUUUUUCCCAGCCAUGAGAAAACAGAGAGUAUGCUCAUGAACUUAUUGCUGCCUCUCUGCUUAAGAGUUGGAAGUGGGAGGAAAGAUGUACACUGCAUGCGACAGACAGACAUUAGCUUCACUCUCACAGUUGUGUUACAUGCCAUGUGUCCUCCCACCUCCAAGAGUGCAGCUCUCACCAUCAAGUCCUCUUCUGAUACCCGGACUGGUUCUUUUACUUUUUUGGCAAGGGAAGCCAAAACCAGUCCCACUGUUUCUAGAUCAGUCUAUCAGGUUGCAUUUUUGGGUUUGAAGAUAUUGUUGGUGUGUUUUGAAAAUGAUUUGGUUAAAGACUGGCCACGGAUCGCACGUACCAUUCGUGACAUGAGCAAGGUGCACGAGGCACGUCUUCUGUACUGGAACUUUAUAGACUUUGUAGUCUCUCAGAGAUCACCAGUGUUUGUUCUCCUUUUACCAUUCAUUAACCAGAAGGUAUUUUUAUCAUAUUAAACAUUAAACAAUAUG